AUGGUAAGGAGCUGGGAGCAAAAGACUAAGGACCGAAACGAUGCAGAUCAUCUCGCAAAAGAAGCUUUUCCUCAUAUUGAUCACUGUUGUGUGUUGUGUAAUAUCCUUUCUGUUUAUGGCCUCGUCAAAGCUUUUUAUCCCAAAUCCCUUAAUUCUCGGAUUAACAUGAAAAAAACCACUGCCAUACCUCCUAUGUCCACAGAAACUCAUCAUGAAUCAUCUUUUUCUCACUGCCAACAGACCAAAUACGAGCACCUCAAAGACAAAGGGACGUCGAACAACAAACCAACAUUGAUAACAGAGCGUGGUAAAUAA